GGCAAUGCUUUGGUGACUAGUCAGAGGCGCGUGCGCUCACACUAUCCGGGUGACAGGAGUACAGAAAUGCUGGGCACAGUUGCGAGUCGCUUAGCGAUUGGACAGAGUCGGUCAUACGGCACCAUGGCUGCAGCCAGCAAAGGGCUCAUUUUCAGGCAGCUGUUUGAGCCUGUAAGUUGCACAUACACCUACCUACUUGCAGAUAAAGCCACUAAAGAAGCAGUGUUGAUAGACCCUGUGCUGGAAACGGCUAAACGAGAUGCAAAAAUCAUUACAGAUCUUGGCCUCAAAAUGGUCUAUGCAGCAAACACCCACUGCCAUGCUGAUCACAUCACUGGAACUGGGACGCUGAAGAAGUUACUCCCUGGGUGUAAAAGUGUCAUCGCCAAGGACAGUGGUGCCCUCGCUGACAUCCACAUACAGGAGGGAGACCUCAUAAACUUUGGAAACUUUUCUCUGGAGGCUCGUUCUACCCCCGGACACACUGAUGGCUGCCUUACGUAUGUGCUGAACGAUAAAAGUAUGGCGUUCACUGGGGAUGCCUUGCUCAUCAGAGGCUGUGGUCGCACCGACUUCCAGCAAGGUUGCCCCAGCACUCUGUACCAUUCUGUGCACAGCAAGAUCUUCACGCUGCCUGAUAGCUGUUUCCUCUACCCUGCACAUGACUAUACAGGGCAAACUGUGACAACUGUGGAGGAAGAGAAGCGUCUGAACCCACGGCUGACUAAAAGCGAAGCAGAGUUUGUGAAUAUUAUGAAUAACUUGAACCUGCCUAGACCUGCACAGAUAGAUAUUGCUGUACCAGCCAACCUGAAAUGUGGUAUCCAGGACGACUAAUGUCAUUGCAAGAAGACCGUAUAGACUUUUACACAUCUGCCUGUCCUGGACUGUGUUUUGAAAAUUGGAAGAAAUCUGAUUUACUUUGUUUCAAAAGAAAACAAUAAAAUUAAAGAAGUGGGGGAAAUGUGGAAUUUUCUGUCAUUGGAUGGCUUGUUAGCUUUUUGGGGACAUUUUGUGGUAAAAUUACAACAUUACAAUUUAAGUGCUUUUGCACCACUAAUAAUUGUUCAUCUCUUGACAAUAAGCAGCAAUUGAAGAGGAGUAAUGGAGAUAUAUCUGUGUAUUGUAUAUAUUAUAUGUAAAUGAGUAUUUUUAUCAGUAAAAGGCUAAUUUUAAACCA